CCUGGCUGAAUCCCAGGAGAUGGCUAAAUCUACAAGAGUACCAGAGCAAGAAGCUGAUGCAGGACAGCGGCGUGGCGGUCCAACGCUUCUACGUGGCUGACACAGCUUCUGAGGCCCAGGAGGCUGCAAAGAGACUCAAUGCCAAGGAAAUAGUCCUGAAAGCUCAGAUUCUGGCCGGUGGCAGAGGCAAGGGCGUGUUCGACAGUGGCCUCAAAGGUGGAGUGCACUUAACUAAGGACCCUGCAGUUGUCGGUGAGCUGGCUAAAAAGAUGCUCGGCUUCAACCUGGUCACCAAGCAGACGCCCAAAGAUGGAGUGAAAGUGAAAACGGUGAUGGUCGCUGAGGCUCUGGACAUAAACCGAGAGACAUAUUUUGCCAUCCUAAUGGAUCGGGCCUGUAACGGUCCAGUAAUGGUGGGAAGCCCCCAGGGAGGGAUGGAUAUCGAGGAGGUGGCGGCCACCACCCCAGAGCUCAUCUUUAAGGAAGUCAUAGAUAUAUUUGAAGGCGUGCGAGACGACCAGGCGCUUCGGAUGGCAGCUAAUUUGGGUUUCAAAGGAGCGCUACAAAGACAGGCAGCGGAUCAGAUUAAGAGGCUCUAUGAUCUGUUCCUGAAAGUCGACGCCACUCAAGUCGAAGUCAAUCCGCUCGGAGAGACUCCCGAAGGACAAGUGGUUUGCUUCGACGCCAAGAUCAACUUUGACGACAACGCCGAGUUCCGUCAGAAAGAUGUGUUCGCGAUGGAUGACAUGACGGAGAGCGACGCCACGGAGAUGGAGGCAGCCAAGUGGGAUCUUAAAUAUAUUGGAAUGGACGGAAACAUUGCCUGCUUUGUGAAUGGAGCCGGUCUUGCAAUGGCAACCUGUGACAUCAUUGACCUUCAUGGGGGAAAGCCGGCUAAUUUCCUGGAUCUUGGGGGCGGUGUCAAAGAGAGGCAGGUGUAUGAGGCUUUUAAGCUGCUGACUGCUGACCCAAAGGUCGAGGCCAUCUUGGUCAACAUCUUCGGAGGCAUCGUCAACUGCGCCAUCAUUGCCAACGGCAUAACCAAAGCUUGUCGGGAGCUGGAGCUCAAGGUCCCGCUGGUGGUCAGGCUCGAAGGGACCAACGUGCACGAGGCCAAGAGGAUCCUGAGCGAGAGCGGCCUGCCCAUCACAGCAGCCGACGACUUGGACGAUGCUGCAAAGAAAGCGGUGGCCGCCAUCAGGAAGUAGAGAGCACUUCGUGACCUCCCGCCAGCAGCCUUCUCUUUUACCUCCAGAACCUCCGUGCUUUUACCCAUCACUCACUUUACACGCUUUUCUUUAAGACCUUAAAGGAGUUCUCGGCUCAGUUUCCGUAUCAAACGUUUCUAAAGCAUUUUACUUUUGAAAACUAACUACUUGCUUUUAAUUACUUUAACCGUUAUUCUUAUUUUAUGUUAAUUGGGGGAGAUUUGAAUUUCAGUUUUGAAGGGGAUACUCUAAAAGGGUUUGGAUUUAAAAUGGAUUGAAGUUUAUAGCGUUCAUUAUAGCAUUCCAUUUUCUUGUGCGAACAUACUCAUCUCUCAGCAUAUCAUGGUGUUUGUGUUGAUUUAUUCAUUUUUUUUAUGGAAAUAAAAGACAUUUUUGUACUUUAUAUAACCACAGCGUGGCUGACAAAAAAAACUGUGAACUCUUCCAGUGUAACUAAAACUAAAGGAGGCAAGAAGUUGGGAUGCAGACUGUCCGCUUCAAGGCCCGUGCUACUUACAGCGCCUUAGGUUUGUCUCAUCUGAGCUCCUACAUCAUGUCUUAUGUUUAAAGUGCUAAUUCCACAUACAUGUGCCUGAGGAAUGAAGAUUUAAGGGUCAUGACCGCUCUUUGAUUUCUGUUUGGUUUCUUUGUGAAAUGAUGAAAAUAUUUUAUAUAAUCAUGAAUGUAAACUGAUGACUCAAAUAAAGGUUGAAAGUUGUGUACAUAAUCUAAGAGAUUAAAAACAGAUAUUUCCAAAUGA